CAGAAAAUACAGUAUUGAUUUGAAAAAACAUUCACACAUGCUUAUCGGAAGUUAUGGCAAAGCUAAUAAAAGGUUGACCGUCGCACCGAGUAUUUUAAAACACAGUUUUAAAAUGGACACGACGAAGCUACUGAUCGUUUCACUUUUCUUAGCGUUUGUGAAUUUUUCGUAUUAGGAUGAACAGCCUCCAAUAGUCAAUACGUCUCUGGGGAAAAUUCGAGGUCGCUAUAAGGAAUCUCGCCAUGGUAGAAAAUAUGAAGCUUACGAAGGCAUCCCCUAUGCGCAACCUCCUGUUAAAAAGUUGAGGUUCCAACCACCUCAACCUGUAAAACCAUGGGAAGGCGAACUACCCGCUAUAAAGAAAAGUUCAGUUUGCACACAAAACGUUAUGGCUUUUAUGUCACACAAUGACAAAGUUAAGGGUUGCGAGGAUUGUUUGUAUAUUAACAUCUACGCGUCUAUUAGGAAUGGUAGCCGUACAUUGUUACCGGUAAUGUUUUGGAUUCACGGAGGCGCCUUCCAGUUUGCUAGCGGAAACGAAGCAGACGAAACACUCUUAAUGGAUCGUGAUAUUGUGUUUGUCGCGGUUAAUUACCGUUUAGGACCAUUCGGUUUCCUUAGUACAGGAGAUAGUGUAGUACCUGGAAAUAUGGGAUUGAAGGAUCAGAGUCAGGCUUUGCGUUGGGUGCAUGAUCAUAUUAGUAAUUUUGGUGGCGAUCCUCAGAAGAUAACUAUCUUUGGCAUGAGUGCGGGUGGAGCCAACGUUCAUUAUCAUUAUUUGUCACGCUUAAGUGCUGGUCUUUUCCAAAAUGGAAUAUCGAUAAGUGGAGUGGCACUCAGUCCUUGGCCACAAACAAAACAUGCCCCGGAGAAGGCUAGAAGAUUGGCAACUCUUGUAGGAUGUUCAUCAAACAAAGUGAAGAAAAUGAUCAAUUGUUUACAAAGUCGCCCUGCGCGAAUUAUAUCGCAAGCUGUUGGCGAUUUUAUGUAUUGGUUGUAUAAUCCCUUCACGCCUUUCGGGCCAGUUGUUGAUAAAUAUGGACUCAAUCCUUUUAUCACUCGUUCACCAAUCGAUAUUAUCCUUAGUGGUGAAGCAUACGAUGUUCCUUGGAUAUCUGGAGUAGUUAGCGCGGAAGGAUUAUAUACUGCUGCAGAAUUUAUUACUAAGGACAAUCUGCUGAAGCAACUAAAUGAUUAUUGGGAUGAUAUUGCACCAUAUUUACUUGAUUUCUAUGAUACUGUACCUAUUGAUCAGCAAAAACAAGUAGCAGAAAGAAUUAGAAGUUAUUAUCUGGGAUCAAGACCAAUUAACAAAAACACAAUUUGGGAAAUAAUAAAACUGAUGGGUGAUCGAUUGUUCGACGUUGAUUUUGAGAAAGCUGUCAGGUUGCAAGCAAAUGUUAACAAAAGCCCAGUGUGGACUUACUAUUACAGCUACAGAGCUACACACAGUGUUAGUGAAAUUUUAAGUGGAGGUUCAACAGAAAAUUUCGGAGUAAGCCAUGGCGAUGACAUAUUUCUUGUACUUGAGUCUUUUAUCUCAAAUGUUACUAAACCAGAAGAUUUAAAUAUGCAGCAACUAUUAGUCAACUUUUAUACAUCCUUUGCUGCACAAGGAAUGCCACGCGUCGAUCAUGUUGCAUGGCCACCAUUAAACCCCAAUGAUACUAAUUUCCGUUACCUACAUAUAGCUAGCCCAAGAAACAUAAAGAUGGAAAGUAGUACGAAUUUUGCGUGUAAAAGCUUCUGGAAUUCGAUUCAUUUUAAUGAAAACAAAAUAGAUUUAUGAAUGUAAUCAAGAGGGAAUGGAUGGAUUAAUUUGAAACUGUUUUCUUCUAAUUAUAUCAUUAAUAUUUAACGAUAUUAAUA